AUGGGUCACUGUGAGAUGCGAGACUGCAUGGUUAGAUACCGCUGCCUGAAGAAACUCUUUGAUGCCAACUUGGGUCACGGGGAGAACGUCACCUCGACCACGGCGGGGACGUGCCCGGUGGACGACGCUCUCGAGUACCCUCGCGACCUGUCUUACAUCGCGGGUGCCUGCUGUGCGCUAUUCGUGCUUCUGGGUGUGCCGGGCAACUUGCUCACGCUGGUGUCGUUGGGCCGAAACCGGCGGCUGCGCGGCCCGACCACGGCGUUCGUGCUGAGCCUGUGCUGCGCCGACCUGCUCUUCUGCGCCGUCAACCUGCCGCUGACGGCGACGCGCUACUUCCGCCGCUGCUGGAUGUUCGGCGACGACAUGUGCGUCGUUUUCGGCUUCUUCUUCUAUGGGAACGUGGCCACAUCCAUAUUCUCGAUGACCGGCAUCUCCGUCAGCAGUUUCAGGGGCGUGCUGGUGAGCUCGCGUCGUCGGCACGACCGCUUGUUCACUGGGCGGCGCACGGUGGUGGCGGUCAUCUCGUGCUGGCUUCUCGGUUUCGGCGUGCUGUUGCCCGUGCUGCUCGGCUGGUGGGGCCGCUUCGGGCUUCACAGGCCGACCUUCUCGUGCACCGUGCUGAGCAAGGACGGCCGCUCGCCCAAGAUAUUCCUGUUCGCCUUAGCCUUCCUGGUGCCCUGCAUGGGAAUCAUAGCGUCUUACGGGCGCAUCUACUACAAGAUUCAGCGCAGUUCGCGCAGACUGGCCUCCUACACCGGCAGGACCAGGCUGCGCAGCCCGUUCUCACAUCACCGGGAGGAAGAGUUGCGCGUCACCCGUACGAUGGCGGUCAUCUUUGCGCUCUUUCUUCUCUGCUUCUUGCCCUUGCUCGUGGCCAACCUUCUAGAGAAGCAGCUUACAACUCCGUGGAUUCACGUGACGGCUUCCAUCCUCUCCUGGAUGUCCUGCUGCAUAAAUCCCGUUGUGUACGCAGUCAUGAACAGGCAGUACCGAAGCUCUUACGUGGCACUUCUGUGCCCUAAAAGAGCCAGAGAGCAGAACUUUCGAAACCCAACCUGUCGAAGUCUUAAAAGCACCGCGGUAUGAAUGUCACACGGCUAACUUGCGCGGCAAACAGGAAAAAUGGCAGAUGCAGUGUGCUUGACUGCUCCUAUCUAAAUAACCAUACGUUCGUGAAACAACGUACAAAGCUUUACUUAAGAUGCG